AUGGCGGACCCGUUGAGCCUGCUGCGACAGUUCAAUGUCAACAAAAAGGAUAUCAUGAGAAGACUCACAAUAAUCUUCGACGAGUCCGGAAAAGAUGGGGCACCUCGGGAGUACUACACGCUGCAGUGCUUGCUCUUUCUUCUCAGAAAUGUGCACUUGUCUCACCCGGUGUACGUGCGACAAGCGGCGGCUGAAAACAUCCCGGUCGUUAGGCGUCCUGACAGAAAGGAGACGCAGAUGCGUGCCAAGGAGCAGUUUUCGGCUCGUUUGGAUGCUCCCAAGGAAGCACCUGUGGUCACUGAGCAGAUCAGGUCUCUGUCUGAGGCCCUGUCCGUGGAAAAGAUUGCAGCCAUCAAGGCCAAGCGCUUGGCAAGAAGCGAGCCACCAUUAAAAGACGAUGACCUUGGCCUGGCUGACAUGCAGGGCAUCCUUGAAUACGAUGUGGACGUCACACGCGACAUCCUCAGUCGUGAGCGCCAGUGGCGCACGCGGCCACCGUGCUCCAGAUGCUGCAAAGCAAAAGGUGAAAAAGUGCAACAGAAAGUGGACAGGCAGAACUUCGCUGCGAGGCUACCCCAGUGCGUGCACGCCACAGCCAGCCGUUUACAACAGAUACCAGGAACGCUUCAGGCAAAGAAGACACCAUCACUGAAUCCACCAUCCUCAUCCUGCAUUUCUCAUACUUGUCUAUGCGUGUGUGUGCAUGCUGCAGAAACGGAGGGCUUCAAGAUCGACACAAUGGGCACAUACCACGGCAUGAACCUCAAGUCGGUGACUGAGGGCAGCCAGCCCAAGCGGCCCGUCCCUGCGGCCACCCCGACACCCGCGGCCCCUGCUGCCGCCCCCGCCACCACAGCGGCACCUGUGCCUCGGCCAGUGCCCAAGAGAGUGUCUCGGACACCCAUUAUCAUUAUUCCGGCAGCCACUACCUCACUCAUCACCAUGUACAAUGCCAAGGACAUCCUGCAAGACCUGAGGUUUGUCAGCACAGACGAAAAAAAGAGCCAGGGCUGCAAACGGGAGAAUGCAGUGCUGAUCCAACGGAGGCGCAACCGAGGAGCCACUGUCUCGUACCGGGUGAUCGACAACCCCUCCACUUUGGCCCCUGAGGACUGGGAGCGAGUGGUGGCUGUUUUUGUACAAGGCCCAGCCUGGCAAUUCAAGGGUUGGCCCUGGGGAGGAAACCCUAUUGAGAUCUUCUCACGCAGUGAGCAUAUCUUUUCUAGGAGAAACUCUUCAGACUCUGUCCUAAUCCAGUUUCUUCACUGUGUGGGUGCUGAGAAAUCUGUUCCUUAAAAUGCUUGCUGCUGC